AUGGAUAAAUCUUGGAUUGGAAUGCCUAGGAACACACCAGAGUAUGUGAUUGGUUUGAAUCAAUUUCUGAAUUUUGCAUUUAACAAUGCAGCUAUAGGAGAUAAAAUAAAAUGUCCAUGUCCUAAAUGUGUUUCUAGGAAGUGGCAGACCAGGAAAAUAGUGUUUAAUCAUUUGAUUGACAAGUCGUUCCCUAAAAAUUAUGUCACUUGGUUUAUGCACGGGGAAAUGAAUGUAUUGCAUAAUUCCAGAAAUAGAGAGGUCACUCAAGAUGUACCACCCACUGAAAAUCCUGUAGAAUUAUUGAUUAAUGAAGCAUUUGGGGACUUAAGGCAUGAGGGUGUUGAUGUAGGUCCGUCACAAGUGGUGGGAGAAGAAGAAAUGUUACAUGAUAUGCCUGCUUCAAAUAACAAAGAUUUGUUUGAGUUGCUUGGAGAUGGACGUCAAGAAUUGUAUGAAGGGUCUAAGUACUCAAAGUUGGAAUUUUUAUUAAAGCUUUAUCAUAGAAAGUGUUUGUCUGGGUUAAGUGACAAGGGAAUGACUAUGAUACUAGAUCUACUCAGAGAUGCAUUUAAAUUUGCAAAGAUUCCUAAUUCUUUUUAUGAGGCCAAGAAAACCAUCAAGAAGUUGUGUCUUGAUUAUGUCAAGAUAGAUGCUUGUCCAAAUGAUUGCAUGUUGUACUGGGAAGAUGAUGUUAAUGCAGAAACAUGCAAGUAUUGUCACACUUCUAGAUGGAAGCCCGAGAAUGAGAGCAAUAAAGAUCAUGCACCUACUACAAGUAAGAAACAAAAGAAGAAAAGGAAAAAGCCUGCAAAAAUUUUGCGCUACUUUCCAUUAAAACCAAGAUUACAAAGAUUGUUCAUGUGCUCUAAGAUUGCUGAGCAUAUGAGCUGGCAUGCGGAGGAUGGUAACAAAGAUGGAACCAUAAGACAUCCUAGAGAUGGUGAGGCAUGGAAGAGGUUUGAUACAACUUUUCCUGAAUUUGCUUCUGAUCCUCGAAAUGUUCGAUUAGGUCUAGCUAGUGAUGGUUUCAAUCCUUUUGGGACAAUGAGUACUAAUUAUAGCAUUUGGCCUGUGGUUUUGGUUCCAUAUAACCUUCCUUCUUGGUUGUGUAUGAAGCAACCAAAUUUCAUCCUCUCAAUGAUCAUUCCAGGUCCACGUACGGCAGGGAAUAACAUAUAUGUAUACCUACAACCCCUUAUUAAGGAGUUGAAUGAGUUAUGGAGGGAAGGUGUGGACAUUUUUGAUUCAUCAAAAUGUUUAGAAUGUGAACAGCUCUUAUGUGGACAGUUAGUGAUUUUCCUGGACUUGAUAUCUUAUCUGGUUGGAACACACAUACUGGCCUUGCAUGCCCCUCUUGUAAUUUUGACACAGAACCUUGUCGCCUUCGUCAUAGUAGAAAGUGGUGUUUUAUUGGCCAUCAUCGGUUUUUGGGAAGAAAUCAUAAAUUUAGACUGA